AAAACUACACCACCUGUAGCAGCUAUAAAUAUCAACACACAAUGAAGCCCACACUCCUUGUUCAGACCGUUUUUAUAUCACUCGUCGUGGCAUCUCCUUAUCAUGAGCAAAUUUCACAUCCUCUAACUGAAAAUACCGAUAUCGCCUAUCUACAUCGCUCGUCCAAGCUCCUACAAAAGUUCUUACAACCGAACCACUCAACAAACAUACCCGCCAAUCUGGACGUUGGGAACAAAAAUUCCAAAUCGAAAACAGAACUUAGCAAGAACUGGGCCGGAGCUGUGCUCGACGCACCACAAAAUUCGGCCUUUUCAUAUAUAUCCGCGACGCUCACCGUCCCCAAGCCAUCCGCCAUUGGAUCGUCAGACUACCAAGCGGCCAGCGCAUGGGUUGGAAUUGACGGCCUUGAUGUGCCCACCGCUCUGCUCCAAACCGGCAUCAACAUUAAUAUAAUCAACGGCGAGCCAUCCUAUAACGCCUGGUAUCAAUGGUACCCGAGCCCGUCGGUCAACUUUGACAUUCCCAUACACAAGGGCGAUGUCAUAGUCGCAACUGUCAAUGUGACUUCCCCCAGCGCGGGAAUUUGCCAGAUCGAAAAUCACACCACCAAGCAGAUCGAGAGUAAGAAUCUAACUGCACCAGAUGCCACAGCGACGCUGGCUGGGCGAAAUGCAGAAUGGAUCGUGGAGGAUUUUAAAGCAGAUGGAAGGCGUGUGGAUUUUGUGGAUUUUGGGCAACUCGAGUUUCAUGGUUGUACAGCCAUCACAGGUGGAGAUCGUGUUGGCAAUUACAGAACAUACGGACUUGGAGAUAGGCCGACAAUAUACGAAUUGGUGAGAGAUGAAGAGGUGGUGACAGAUGUGCAUGUCAUUAGUCCUGAUACACUAGGUGUUGUUUAUAAAAAUUGAUGAUUUGUACCAUACUAAAAGC